GUGUCAAUUUAGCUAACUCUCAAGCCAGCAUACACGAAACCGCAAACUUAAGACUUAAGAGUUGGCCCAUUGACUUCGUUGAAGCUGUAGUCUGACAUCGAUUUUCAGGAAUAAAAAUGUCCGCGGAGAAAAGGACCAGCUGGAUUCUGACUGGUGCUACGGUCGCUUGUGUCACGGCUUUGUAUGUGCCCUGUGUCCAGAGGACUGUCCCCGGUGGAGACUCAGGAGAGCUGAUCACCACUGCUUGUGAGCUGGGGGUGGCUCAUCCUCCAGGAUACCCUCUCUUCACCCUGCUAGCUCGCCUGGCUAUGUGUGUCCUGCCAUCACUCUCUGUAGCCCACAGCGUCAACCUGAUGGGUAGCCUGUUGGGGGCUGCAGCUUGUGGUGCCCUCUGCAUAACUGUCUGCAGGUUGGCAGGUCCUGGCCCUGGAGCAGUACUGGCAGGAGGGCUGUUUGCUGUGUCCAGGCUGAGCUGGCAGUGGUCCAUGGUGGCAGAGGUCUUCACCCUCAACAACCUUUUUGUCGGUCUGCUCUUCUUCCUGAUCGCCAGCUUUCACUGUGCUGAAAAUGCAACGCAAAGGAGGAAGAUUUCACAUUGGGGAGCGCUAUGCUGUGGCUUGGGCCUCUGUAACCAACACACCCUGGUGCUGUAUAUACUAGUUGUCAUUCCCUGGGUCCUUCACCGACUCUACUCUCAUAAGGAGCUGUCUUUGCGUGGCCUUGUGUCUCUGGGAAUAUGUUUCCUCGCUGGUUUCCUGCCGUACAUCUACCUGCCCAUCUCUUCCUACCUCAACACAGCCCGCUGGAGCUGGGGAGAUCAGACCACCAUGUCAGGCCUGCUGACCCACCUGCUGAGGGCUGAAUACGGCACCUUCAGUCUGGCAAAGACCGAGAGCCUUGUGAGCUUGACCACAAUGUUACAGGCCCAGAUGGACCACUGCCUUGCGGACCUUUCACUUCCUGUUUUGGUACUGGCAGGAAUAGGCCUGCUCCUCUCCUCAUGGAACAGGACAUGUCGCUCAGUGUCCUGGCUGUUGACUGCCAUGCUGGUGGUCUACUCACUGUUUUUUGCUUGGAGAGCCAACCUGGACAUCAGCAGACCCCUACUGCUUGGAGUGGUUGAGCGUUUCUGGCUCCAGAGUGAUGCUGCAGUGUGUGUGCUGGCAGGCCUCGGCUUGAGCCAGGCUCACACUGAGCUGGAGAGGAGGCUGGGACGUGGGGGGGUGUGGAAGACCACAGGCUGGGUCCUCACUAUGGCUCUGCUGGCACAUAUGGUGCACACCAAUCACAGGGAGUGUGAUCAGAGCAGUAACAGUGUGGUGGAGCGGUUCGGGAGGGAGCUUCUGGCCUCCGUCCCAACAGACUCGAUCAUCCUGACCAGAGGAGAUCUGCCUGGAAACUCCCUGCGCUACUUAUACUACUGCCAGGAUGUACGGCCCGAUGUACGCCUGGUUGACCAGGAGAUGAUGACAUACACUUGGUAUGUGGCCAAGCUGGCGCAGCACCACCCUGGGGUCCACUUCCCUGGCCGCUGGUGGGAUCCGGUCCACCCUGAGGGGAAAGACACCUUCAGUCUGGAGCAGUUUCUGUCCCACAACACGCAGAGGGAUGUUUUCACCUGCAUUGGGCUGUCUGAUGGAGACCCUAGCUGGGAACGUAGCUUCUCUCGCUGGCCCCUGGGUGUGUGUGACUACUUAGUGCCAGUUCAGAGGCGGUUUCACCCUGAAGAAUGGGCUCGACGCACUCGCAACAUCUACAACUGGAGCGAGCCACACAACAGUUUCCAUCCUGCGUCCUGGGAGCGUGUCGCUAAUGAGGAGAUGUGGCAAGCCAGGAUGAAGACGGCUUUCUUUCUGUUUGACCUGGCAGAAAGGAUGCAGGGAGAGGGGAAAGCUCGCCUCUUUGAGCUGUCUUACACUCUGUAUAAGGAGAUUGUGGAGGCCCACUCAGACUACCCUCCAAACUGGGACAAGAACUUGGCACUGGCCUGUGAGAGGCUGCUUCGCUCGGGUCACCGGGGCUACAGUCCAGACAGCCUGCUGACCUGCAGCGCCCAGCACUUUAGUCUCUACUUAGAGAAGGACCCGACGGAUCCCCAGGCUCCUGCCAUACGCUCUGCCGUUACUCACCUGCUCGAAGAGAGAGACAGGCUCCGCCAGAGCCGCGGGCAAACCCCAUGACUAGAUCCAUAGAGACCUACAUGGAGCUGGCACACUGAGAGUGUGCUGUGAGCCCAGGCGAAGUGUGAGGCAAUGAGGGCGAAGUCUGAGCCAAUGUGCCUCUUGUCAUGGUUCGAGGGUGUUGCUUCAGAAGGACACAGACUGAUGCAGUGGUGUUAAGCAUAAUGGACUUGGCCAAAUUGGACUUACAGGUUUGGAACUGGACUUGGGAGUGCUGAUGCAGGAGCACUAGUCUCUAGUUAUCUAGUUAUCUAGUUUGUGCAGAGUUCUAGUUACAGAACUCUGCACAACUCUGCACUCUGACUGAGCCAUGCUUCAUUGAAUGAAUGUUUACAGUUGACCAGGGACAGAGCUUGACUUCAGGAAACCUUGACUGACCCCAAUCAAGCUGUGCGUGUUCCCCCUAAACUCACCAUUCGAUUGCUUUAUCGUUACAUCUCGUUCUUUUUUUUCUCCUCCUCUGCUGAUUAUUUUGCCUCAGCCACUGCUCCACUUCUCUUUUUCUCACAUUAGGAUGGCAAGGCCGAGAUUGAGGGAAACCCAAUUUGGGGGCAGAAAUGGGGGAUUAGAGCAGCUGUUUAAUCUAGGACAGACUUGUGCUGUGCCACAGAGUCCUCACUACGCAUCACCAAAAUUACCCACCCACCCCUCUCUACAUCCAUCAGUCUAUCUUAGAUGGUCCUUUAAAUGUUUAAAACUAAUGGAUGAGUGUUUUUUUUCUCUCUCUUCCUUCCUAACCAGAGGGUUAUAAUCCCUCAUGGAUUUAAAUGAAAUGUGAAAUGUCACAAUGCCAGGGACCCUUUUAGAGGUGCGUUUGUGUGCUUGCAUGUGUGUUGAUUUGUGUUUGCAUGUCUAUGUGUGUGUGUGUGUGUGUGUGUGUGUGAACAUGCUUAAAUCUCCACCCAAGCCCUUUCCUUGCCGGAACUACAUAUAAAACAUAGUCGAUAAACAGAUCAGCACACUGAAAAACAAAGUGCUUUGAUCAUCGUAGAAGCACAAACUCCUGCAAACUCCAGGGACGGACGUAGACACGCGAGUCUGUCGGCUUCCAGGAAAAUGGACUUACUGCCCUGUGGUUGCUGGGAAGGUGGCAUGCAAACACAACGAAUGGACCAGAAUCUCCUGUCUUUGACGUGUUCUCAGGAUCGGACACCUCAGUUCAACACAGUUUUUGUGAAUAUUGGAGCUGAUGUUAAUAAGCCUUGUGGCAUGAAAUUUGUUAAGCAGAGGUCAAACUAGUGUAUUGCUAUAAGCUUUAUAAAACACUGCUGAAGGAGCCUGCUGUUUGAGAUACCACUAGAAAGCGGAGGACAGUAAGUGCAUGUGUAGUUUUCUCAGAAUGUAAUCUGCCCUCUGUUUGCAGGCCUGGUUAGCGGCUGUCAGCUGGCUGGAUGAUGAGAUUCAACCUGCUGUAGCACAGAUGGUUUGCUUUCUCAAAAAAGGGAAAACUGUCACUCUACUUUCAACAGAUUAAAAUAUUCCAAUAAAGAUUUUGUUUAUUUUAA